AUGUAUCAUUCCUACCCUUGUUACGUUAUACAUACAAAUAGAAAGCUUAGCUUGAAAAUAAGUGAAGCAGAUCAAGAAGCUCCUUCAAAUGGCAUCGAAUGUCGGCUGAUGAUUUUCCUUUCUGAUGAUGCUCUUCAUCCCGAUCCCUUUGUUCAGUUAAGAAGAUUUUGUAAUUUAAGAAGAUCAUGA